UUGUUUACUCGUGAAGUUGGCUGUGUUGGGAAAAAAAGCAAAACGAAAUUUUAUUCUGAAUUUAAAUAUUUAUCUAUUAUUGGUUUUUGUUUUGGGACUUCUUUUUUUAUCGCACUUUGCAAAGUAUAAAUAGAAAUAUUUUCUUUGGAUCUUUAAUUUUAAAGCUGUCUCAAUGUUGGAGAUGAAUUCUUAUCUUCAUGUUCUGAAUCGACUGUGUGAAAAGGUUCAACAGAACAUGGCGAAUAAACCAAAAGAGAUGGACACCAUCGAUUGGGAUGUUAAUGUUGAAAUUCUUUUGUUUUACGCAAUGAUAGGACACAAACCUGUUGGUGUCAACAGAUCUUUCAUGAUGCUUUGCAUUCAUCAAAAAUUCAGUACCUACAUUAAUCGACAGAUAACUUCAAAAGCCAUAUGGAAUCAUUUAGAAUCUAUGUAUGAUAUGGCUGCAUUGCAUGAGUCAGAAGAUCUCCCUUUUCCAAAUGAUGAGCAGCUUUUUGAUCUACCAGAAGAAUAUGAUGAAUUGAUUGCCAGCCAGCUUGGAGUUGAACCUGAACGUUCUACAUCAGAAAAAGAGUUGCCAAAAACUAACACUGCCUUGAAAGUGUCAAAGAAACUAUCUUCUACAAAGUUAAAGCAAAACAGUACCCCUGUUUCUACUUCCAAAAGUACUUUUGUCACUCCUGUUGUUAGUAAGAUAGGUAAAAAUAACAUUAAAAAUGAGCCAAAAUCGCCAACAGUUGAAAAUACUGCUAAAUUGAAAUUUGACACUCCAGUAUUAAAAACAAAUAAGGUGAAAAGAUCUUCCAGUCCAUUUUCAACGAAAGCUGUAAAACCUGAAUCUGCACCAGUUGUUAAAGAUGAAAUAGAUGCUACUGUGUCAAAAAAAUCUAGGUCAGAGCGAAGUGCUAGUCCAGCUAACACUAAAAGAAAUUCAAAACUUGAAACUAGUAUUACUAACUCAGCUUCUAAGAAGUUCCUUAAACAAGAACAAAAUAGUACUAUUGCAAAGCAAGGAAAAUCUGAAGCUCCUGAUAAUAAUAAGAAAGUAAAAAACGAAAAAGAAGUUGCUAAUAAAAAAGGAAAAACAUUGUCUACUGAAAAUAAUGUAAAAAAGAAAUAUGAUAGUGGUAAUGGUAAUAAGAAAAAAAUUGAUGUAGAAACAAAUUCAAAGAAAGGUGACUCUGUUGGUAACAAGCAAAAACUUGAUGCGAAAAAUUCAAGCUCAACAAGUAAAGGGAGUAAGGCUGACGAUACUGAACACCUUGUUACUCCAGCUUCCAGAAAAUCAUCUCCAGUAGUAAAAGGUGAUGCAAAUGACAAUGUUAAGAAAGGUUCUAAAAGGCAAAGAGCAGAAGAUAGUUCGAAAAAAGUAACUCCAGUUGCGAAACGUAGGAGAACCUAAUUGUGAUAAAAUAAUAGCUUCAGAAAAUCUUCAUUGCAUAGUUACUGUCUAUUUAAAUUAUGUUGCUUAUUGGUUUACCAACAACUUAUUUAUGUACAGCUUUUUUUUAUUUUCAAUGUUAUUUAUUUUUCUGUUUAAUUUCCAAUGCAAUUUCUUUGUUGGAAUUGAAGAACAUUUUAUUAACCUUCAUUAUUUUGUUUUGAAAAGUCUUCAUGUUUUCUUUCUGCAUUUCCUACUUUUUAUUUUUACAAAUAAAUGGUUUAAAAAUAAGAGCUUUUCAUUUAUCUAUGAUCUUUGCAUCUUCACUAACUCAAAGCCAAGAAGUUCCUUCUGAAAACAUGUAUAGUAUCCAUUGGCUUAUUGUUAUAAAUGUGAGUCAAUAACUUAAGAAUGUGAAUGUUGUGUAACAUUUUAUAUAAGUUAUGAGA